AUGCCCCUUGUCCAAGAUCUCAAUGAGAUAUUGAAACCUACCCAAGCUGACUCCGUUGCCCUCGUCAACCCAGACAUCAGAAAUUACUUUAUCAAGAGAAGCUACGAAGAAAAUCCGGAGAAAGAUGUCUGGCUUUCAAAGCCAGAGAUUCCUUCGUCGGACGAGAUUCUGGGCACGGACUUGGCCGAAGAAGUUGAACUUAUGCCUAAUAAGAUCGACGGUCCUUGGCCUUCUAAGGAUGCUUACCUGAAAGCCCACUACGAGCUUCUCAGAGAGGAUGCGGUCGCUCCAUUGCGAGAUGCCGUGGCUUACUUUCGAGAGGAUCCUCAUAUGAUGGACUCCCAAGCUGUCUCGAUCUACGAUAGGGUCUACGUAACUGGUCUUACCUUCGCGCAACAAGGCUUGGCUUUUCGACUACACUUCUCGACAACUCGUGCAGGGAAGAACAUUGUCUGGGAAUACUCUAAACGCUUGGUUACUGGUACAAUUGUUGCACUGUCUCCUGCCGAUGACUGCUUCCAGAAUGAAUGCAUCAUCGCUGUCGUUGCAGCGAGGCCCUUGGAAGGGGUGAAGAAGCUGCCUCGGGAGAUUGAUGUUUUCUUUGCCAGACCUGAAGAAGCGAACUUUGAUCCCCAGUUAGAAUGGAUUAUGGUGGAGGCAAGAACUGGAUACUACGAGUCAUUGAGACAUACAAUGACUGCUUUGCAAAAGAUGAAUCACGAAAGUUUCCCUCUAGCAGACCAUAUCUGCUCACUCGAUUCUAACAUCGAUGCCCCUGAAUAUGUCAAAGAGAGCCCCGUCAUUGAUAUACAAUCCGCCAUUGACGGCCCCGGCAAAGAGGGCAGGGUGAAUAUUCUUGAGGAUUGGCCAAGGUUACCAACCGGUGACCUGGAUAACUCGCAAUGGGCAGCUUUAGAGCAAAUCCUGACCAAGAAAUUGUCCAUCGCUCAGGGACCUCCAGGCACUGGAAAAACUUACGUCUCAGUUGUCGCUCUGCGGAUCUUGCUCUCCAACAUGCAAAGUGGUGACCCGCCCAUCAUAAUCGCUGCUCAAACCAAUCAUGCCCUGGACCAAUUGCUCAACCAUAUCUCUCACUUCGAAAAGAAUUACAUUCGACUGGGUGCGAGAAGCAGUGAUGUCGAAAUCAAGAAGCGCACACUGUUUGCCGUGAGACAGAAAGAGCCCAUGGUUACUAUUCACGGAAGUGUCUUAGGGCCGGCCAGGAAGACAUACAGAAGUCUGAGUCGUUCAAUCACAGAACUCUUGCAAGCAUUUAACCAGGAAAAUGCCGACGCACCGCUUCCAUCUUCCUUCUUUGCCAAGCACGGUCUUCUUACGCAAGAUCAGUGUGAUUCUCUGGAAAAGGAUGCAAAAGGCUGGAUACGACCCCAAGCAGAUGAAAACUUUGAUCCCUUAGAGACUUGGCUUGGUGAUGAAGCAGUUAAGUUUGAAGUCAAAUACUCGCCGGAGAACUUUGGCUUUUCAGAGGAUGAGGUUGACCUGGAGUAUGAGCAGUUGAAGGAACUCGAAGCUGAGCAAGGGAUUGAGGAAGACGACUAUGAAACUCUCAAGGGCCAGUUCAUUCACCUCAGUGACGGGUUUCAGGGGAGAGAAGUGACCUCCAGCUCCGAGGAUGCUGCCCUAGACUAUCUCAGGUUAUCUGACAUGCGAAAGAUACCUUUGAGGUCACGCGGGUCUGUUUAUAACGCUCUCCGGAAACUUGCCAAGGAAAAGCUUCUGCUCGAUUUUCGCAAAUUACUAGCGCUAUACAACACCAACUGUGACGAUCUUCAAAUUGGCAAAUGGGAGAGAGAUCAUCUCAUCCUUCAAAACACAAAAGUGAUCGGGAUGACAACCACGGGGUUGAGCAAGUACCGAGGUCUCAUAUCAAGCUUGAAGCCGAAGGUUAUCUUGAUUGAAGAGGCAGCCGAAGUCAUCGAAGCACCAAUUUCGGUGGCAUGUCUCGAUUCACUGCAGCAUCUGAUUCUAGUGGGCGACCAUCAGCAGCUCAGAGGACACUGUUCAGUCCAGGACCUGGAAGGAGAACCGUUCUUCUUGGAUACAUCAAUGUUUGAACGACUUGUGCACAAUAGGAUUAAAUACGUGACCCUCAGACGACAGCGAAGGAUGGCUCCAGAGAUUCGUCAAUUGCUAGAGCCCAUAUACGGAGACCUGCAAGAUCACCCAUCCGUCCAAAAACGCCCUCAAGUUUCCGGAAUGGGCAAAGUCAGGUCCUUUUUCUUCAGCCACAGCUGGCCGGAAAGUAGUGACAGUAUGUACUCAAAGUUCAAUGAGAUGGAAGCCAAUAUGGUCGUGGGAUUCUUUGUUCAUCUCGUCCUCAAUGGAGUUCCGGUCAAGGACAUUACAAUCCUGACAUUUUACAACGGUCAGAGGAAACGCUUAUUGAAAAUGCUGAGGAACCACCCCUAUCUCCAAGGCCAUUACGUGAAGGUGGUGACCGUCGACUCUUACCAAGGAGAAGAAAAUGAAAUUGUGAUAUUAUCACUUGUCAGAAGUCCACCAAACAAGAACAUUGGAUUUCUCUCCAUCGAAAAUCGUGUUUGCGUCGCCCUUUCGCGCGCAAAGAGUGGAUUCUAUAUCUUUGGAAACGCCAAAACACUCGCUUCUGCAGAUCCGAUUUGGUGGCAGGUCAUCUCCAUCAUGGGUACAGCAGAAGCAAAUGGGAAGACAAGACGGUUAGGGUUUUACUUGCCCUUGACAUGCACCAAGCAUGGAAAAAAGACAUUUAUUCAAGAUCCAUCCGAGUGGAGCAAGACUAAUGGAGGAUGCGAACUUGGUUGCAAUGAAAAGUUAGAAUGCGGCCACACUUGUGCCCUGCGAUGCCAUAGCUUUUCUCACGAUCAGGUAAAAUGCGAUAAAGUCUGCGGCAAGUUGCUCUUUUGCUCUCACAGCUGCACACAGCCUUGCGCACCAGGCCACAGUUGUUUAUGCAAGGACAAGUGUAAACUAGUGAUGGAAGCGGACGAUGAGGCCAGUCUCAUUCAUAACUACAGCAAUGGCAGGUCCGACAUGGAAAAGCUGCGUGCAGAGUCAAUUCGAAAGUACCAUGAAUUUGCGAAUGGAGGAGUCAAAGAACACGAUGCAAUUCUUCUAGCCAAGGCUAGGAGUUUAGAAGAGUAUAAAAUGUCGAGAGCAUUGGAUAGCAUGGCGCUAGAAGAUGCCGACGAAGGCGAGAUAGAUAGAGCAGCUCAGAGGAGCUUUGCUUCGUCUAGCGCUGACUCCGAGGACCCCGAAUACCUCCUUUCGCAAUUCACGACUACGAAGGCAACUGUUUCGAAAUUCAAAAAGCCCAAAUCAAAGGGCAAACAGCCUCAACGACAUGUGCCCCAGGGAAAUCUCCUCGACUGA